UAUUAUCAACAAAAACAACAGAUCACUAUAAUAAUGAAAAGGAGCUUCUUGAUGUGAGUAUCCACAGCUGUAUCCCUUCUGACUUGCUAUUACCACCAGUGGUGGUGCUCGAACACCGGGACGGACAUCCGAGUCUACGAGAAGAAGAAGAGUAUCAACAACGAAAGUGGAGGGUAGCAGUUUAAUGAUCUAAAUCUGCUGUAUUUAUCACACCUUAAAGAAGUAAACAGAAGAAACAACAGACAUACUAUAGUAAAGAUGGAGACUGAUGAAAAACCCUGCAGAGUAAAAGACGAAGAGGCAGAGGAACAAACAGUAAAGUCUGAGAUUGAGGAGGAACCCUGCAGAAUAAAAGAUGAAGAAACAGAGGAUCAAAUUGGAAACUUUGAGGAGGAAACCCUGCAGGAUUAAAGAUGAAGAAACAGAGGAACUAAUAGCUGUAAAGAUGGAGAUUAAGGAAGAAACCCGGAGAUUAAAAGAUGAAGAGACGGAGGAACAAAUAGACCCUGCAGAAGUGGAUGAACCCAAACAACCUCACCGUUUCACAAAUGAAGAUGGAAACGCAGCCAUUUCACAGGAAUCCCCGCAGAAAACAGUAAAAAAAACAUAUCCAGCCGUCAAAAAGACUUUCUCCUGCGCCGAGUGUGAAAAGACUUACUUGACUAAAGCAGCUCUCAGAGCACACGUGAGAGUUUACGAUGGAAAAAAGCUCCAGUUUGCUUGCGAUCGGUGUGAAAAGAAUUACGUAAAUCAAGCCGAGCUCAGCAGACACAUGAGAGCUCACAUCGGGGAGAAAAAGUUUGUGUGCAAACACUGUGGAAGGAGAUACCUACACAAAGCAACACUCAAAGCUCACACGAAAGUGCACACUGGAGAGAAACCAUACUCGUGCGCUCACUGUGACGAACGGUUCGUUUAUAACUCCGUGUUAAUUGCGCACAUGAGCGUUCACGAUAAGGAUAGCUCGACCGCAUGCUCUCAAUGUGCAAGAGGUUUCACUUGUGAUGCUCACUUAAACGCGCACAUGAAUAUUCACACUAGAGAAAAGCCGUUCGAAUGCGAUGAAUGCGGGAAGCGCUUCAAAUAUAAAAACACUCUCAAUGAGCAUCGGAAGCUUCAUGCUGGAGUUAAUCCGUUCACCUGCGAUCACUGCGAUAAAACGUUUAUUUGGGCGUCGCAGUUAAGAGCUCAUCUUAAAUAUCAUGCUGGCGUCAGGUCUCACGUUUGUACGUUUUGCGGGAAAGACUUCCUGCAAGUAAGUCACUUAACAGUGCACCAGAGGAUUCACACUGGAGAGAGACCCUUCAAGUGUUCAUACUGCGAGAAGAGCUUCACCAGCUCGUCCAUACUGAAGAAUCAUCAGAAAGUUCACACUGGAGAAAAGCAGUACCAGUGCACGCACUGUGGCAAGUGUUUCUCUUACUUAUCGGUGUUUAAAUCCCAUCAGAAAACUCAUGAUGGAGAGAAACCGUACAAGUGUGCGCACUGUGAGAAGAGUUUCACGUAUUCGUCAGCUUUGACGGUUCACGAGAGAGUUCACAUUGAGGGAAAACCCUAUCGGUGCACUACAUGUGGGAAGGGUUUUGCUGACUUUCAUGAUCUACAUGCUCAUGAGAAGAAACAUUCCCUGAGUGAGCGGAGUUCACUUUUAGACUACUCGCUCGCUAGAAAAAACAUCUGAUAUGUCAUAUAUAUUUAGCCACGGUGGCUCAGUGGUUAGCACAGCAAGAAGGUCGCUGCUUCAAAUCCAGGUUGGACCACUUGGCAUUUCUGUAUGAGUUUGCAUGUUGGCGUGGGUUUCCUCCACAGUCCAAACACAUGCGCUAUAGUGGAAUUGAUGAACUAAAUUGGCUGUAGUGUAUGAGUGUGUGUGUGAAUGAGUGUGUAUGGGUAUUUCCUAGUACUGGGUUGCUGCUUGAAGGGAAUCCGCUGUGUAAAACAUAUGCUGGAAUAGUUGGUGGUUCAUUCUGCUGUGGCAACCCCUGAUUAAUAAAGGGACUAAGCCAAAUAUAU